GAUUGGACCGCUUUUAGAGCAGGACAAUUUAGGCACUGCACAAGCUGAGCUCAUGAACAAACUGAUAGAAGGCUGUCUGGAUUCCCACUACAGGCUGCUCGUGCUUCAGAUGACACUGACAAUAUCGUGGAGUGAGACGCUCCUUUCUAUUAUACACAGCUUGCUGGAUUCCAAGCCUGACAUAAAUGAUGAACUGUUCACCCAGUUGACUGAACAGCUGGUUAGCCAGGCUCGUCAAUUCACAAAAUCUGUCAACUUUGCAAAAAUUAUGUUGACUGUCCUCACAAAAUAUGGCAGCCUCAUGAAUGCUUCACACAAACAUUCCCUGGCUGGUUGCCUGAUGCUAAAUGAGACGUUCUUAAAAAGGUCUCUUCAAGCUUUGUUGAAAAGAAUCUCUGAUGCAUAA